CUUUAAGAAUUGCAGCUGCAGUUGCUGAAACGAACUGGUCGUGUCGCUGUCUACCAAUGAGAAGCUCCAGUACAGAGAUGGAUCCAUUGUCCCUCCAAUAUCCCAGAAUAAAAACGUCGGACGCGUUUAGAGAGGCGAGCAGUGCGUGCGUUUUGAUUGACGAAACAGGCAGAAGAGGAUAGAUUUCCCGUCUGUUUCGAUUCGGUAUUGGGAAUAUAUGUGAAUAUUUAUUUCGUGGUUUGACGAUUUGCACGGAUUACUCGAGGAGAGGCGGAAUAAUGGCGCACACACGGAGGUUUGCCCUCACAGCAUUUGCUUACAUGUUUGUGAUAUGUGCACCGGGUCCAAUCUCCGGGCAAAUUCGUUAUUCUAUUCCCGAGGAAAUGGUGCAAGGGGCAUUUGUUGGGAAUAUCGCUGUGGAUUUGGGCCUGAAUGUACGGCAACUGUCAGCUCGCAAAUUCCGACUGAACUCUGAUGACGGAGGGCGGUACCUGAAGGUCAGUUUGGACAAUGGAAUCAUGUCUAUUCGUGAAAAAAUUGACCGGGAACGUAUUUGUGGACAGAAUGAUAAAUGCACUGUAUAUUUCGAAACAAUACUGGAAACCCCCUUGGAGGUGUAUCACGGGGAAUUGGAGAUUCUUGAUGUAAAUGACAAUUCCCCCACUUUCCCGCAGAGCAGCAUUGUCUUGCAGAUAUCGGAAGCAAGUGCACCCGGUGUACGUUUCCGACUCGAGGGGGCGGAUGAUCCCGACAUUGUUACAAACUCCGUGACCGCUUACACAAUCAGCUCCAGUGAGCACUUUAUUCUAAAAACACAGAGAGCCGAAGACGGUACUUUGAUUGCCGAGUUGCUGUUAGGGAGAUCUUUGGACCGAGAGCAGCAAUCAUCAUUUCAACUCUUGUUUACGGCGACUGAUGGUGGCACCCCUCAGAGAUCAGCCACAGCUCAGAUUAUCAUUACUGUAUUGUAAAUCAACGAUAAUCCACCUGUGUUCGAUCAUGAUAUUUACAGAGGCAUCGUAAGUGAGAACGCGCCGCGGGGUACGUUGGUGCUGAAAGUCAAAGCAAAUGAUUUGGACGAAGGACUGAAUUCGGAGCUGACGUAUUGUUUUAGUGAUAUUUCUUUGAUAAGAGCGCGAAAAUUAUUCAGUUUAGACCCAGUUACUGGGGAGCUUCGAGUCAAAGGACUUCUAGAUUUUGAACAAGUAAACAGCUAUUCUCUGGAUAUUCGAGCCCAGGACCAUGGUCCCCCUGCAAUGACAAGACACUCCAAAGUACUGAUCAAAGUCACUGAUAUGAACGACAACGCACCGGAGAUAAAGGUACCAUCACCUUGCAACAAAAUCCCGGAAAAUGCGCCACCAGGUAGUUUCAUAUGUCUGAUUAAUGUGAUGGAUCGUGAUUCUGGAGCGAACGGUCAAGUACGUUGCGAGUUAAGACAAAAGAACGUCCCAUUUCGACUGCAAAAGGUAUCGAACAACUAUAAAUUAACCACGAGUGAAACGUUGGACCGUGAAGCCAUCCCUGAGUAUAACAUUCUUAUUUCAGCCUGGGACUUGGGGUCGCCGUCACUCUCAUCCAAUACAACCAUCCAUAUUGCAAUUUCGGACGUUAACGAUGACGAACCACAAUUCGCAGAGUCAUCCUACAACAUAUAUAUAAUGGAGAAUAACGCUCCGGGUGCGUCCGUUUCCACAGUAACCGCAACAGAUCCUGAUCUGGAUCAAAAUUCCUAUAUUUCCUACUCCUUUCUCGAUAACCAUAUCCAAAACGGUUCUGUUUACGCGCUGCGUUCCUUUGAUUAUGAGGAACUAAAAAACUUCCAGAUCCAUGUUCAAGCCCGUGACGCCGGGGUGCCUCCGUUGAGUAGCAGCGCCAUGGUGAAUGUGAUCAUCCUGGAUCAAAAUGACAACGCGCCGGUAAUAGUUUCACCUUCAGAACAAAGUGGCUCAUCAGCAGUGGAUACCGUACCCCGGUCAGCGGGUCAAGGGUACUUGGUCAGCAAGAUAAUGGCAACGGAUGCAGAUUCUGGUCAGAACGCACAGCUCUUUUUUCAGAUAGUGAAAUCUACCGACCCCGGUUUGUACAACGUCGGACAACGUUCCGGAGAUGCGCGCAAUAUUUUCCAGUCCGACACUGCUGUACAAACUAUAGUCAUCUUGGUCAGGGACAAUGGGCAGCCAAGCCUGUCCAGCACAGUUACAAUGAACAUUCGAGUUUUGGAAAACAGCACUGAAGGAAUCACCGAAAGCAGCACCUUGGUGAAGAAUCCAGUAUAUUUCUCUGAUCCAAAUGUGUACAUUAUCAUAAUUUUCAGCUGUACUUCCGUUAUGUUUCUUCUGAUCAUCGUUCUGUUGAUUGGCAUCAAGUGUAAACAGGACAGAAGUAUUAUCCAAGGGUAUAACACCCCCAGUUAUUGUUACAAUGGUGGAGAGUUGCACGAUAUUAAUGGUAGACCUGCCAUAGAGGAAACUUUACGCUAUCCCAGGACAGGUCGGGUUGUCCGCGUGCCGGAACCGCAUCACUACUCGGUCUGCCUGUCUCCAGAGUCAGCGAAAAGUGAUUUUCUCUUCUUGAAGCCAUGCGGCGCUCCCACGUCUCAGGCCUAUUGAUGCGUAUGCUCAAGGAAGGCGCAUCUUAUUUGUGGUCAUUUUACUCUCGAGGCAUAUGAAUAAUUCGUGAGUGAAAUAUUUAAGAAAAUGUUGUGCAUGUUUUCGAUUUCCUUUAUAUUGUGCAUUUGUUGUAAUGGUAACGAAUAUAUAACUUUUAACAAAUAAAGCCCAUCGUCUGAGAGGUAUCUGUCAACUCAGAAGAAAGCAUAUUGCCUAUUAUUGAACGACGUACAGAUGAUAUACAUUGCUGCUGGAUCAGUCACAUUAAGGAUGCUAAAUCUAUUUACUUGCCUAAAGUAAAAAAUACGAUUAAAAAAUUCGACGUCAGCAUAUUCCAUAUGAAGUGCUGAUAGGUACAGGGCAAAUAACUAAAUAACAAACUUAGAAGACGGAAAUGAAAAUAAUAAGUGAAUGAGAAACACAAGAUGCGAAAGCUGAAAUAUUGUGUAAGAUAAAUUGAGUUGGCGGAAAA